GUUCUCGUCUUCAGCUUGUCUCCAUCACAGCAUGCAUUACAGGACGGUCCUGAUGCACACUGAAAUGGUGUGUUUUAUAGUGUGUGUGUGCGGCUGGCUGCUGGUCUGCUCCACCGUGCCCACUGAGUGCUGGGCGUACUCUGAGGUGCACACUUCAGUGCUCACUUCCUCUCACUACUACUCCAACCUGUGGAAGGACUGUCUCUCCGACUCCACCGGCGUCUCCGACUGCAAAGUCUUCCCCACAUUUCUGGCUCUGCGCACGUACAUUCACGUGUGCCGAUCCUUCCUCUUCAUAUCCAUACUCCUGGGGAUAUUCGGUUCCAUUCUGGCUUUAGUGGGGAUGAAGUGCACCAAACUCGGAGGAUCUGAAACUGUCAAUGCCAAAGUCACCUUCGCUGGAGGGAUCAAUUACCUGACGUCAGGCCUCUGCGGGAUGUUCGCCUACAGCUGGUACGGCCACAGGGUUGUUUCUGAGUUCAAGGACCCAGCUUACGUAGGAAAGAGGUAUGAACUGGGACCGGCUCUGUUUGUGGGAUGGGGAGGAUCGGCUCUGCUGAUACUGGGAGGACUGGUGUUCAGCUUUACUGCAGGAAAUGAAGGAUUCCAGUCAAGGACAGUGAAGCGCUCGUCUCCGCUCUCAGGAGAAAAGCAGAUCAUCCUGAGCUCUUCCUCAUCCUCAUCCUCAGACAAGCAGAAGUCCAGCAGAGCGGCGUAUGGACUCGACGCUUAUGUCUGAACUGAUGAUGAUGAUUAAUGUUCUUUAGUAGUGGAGUAAAGCAGACAGUAAGCUGUUCAGCAGUGGGGUGAAGAUUAGUGUUAGGUAUUGUCAUACAUUAGGAUACUCCUUUAUAAAGUUGCAUUAGCUCCUCUUCAUGGUCAGUAAUGUGGUACAGUACUGUUCCUCCCCUUUGCUGACUCUUGAUCUUUCAGAAAUUGCAGGGUUUCUUCUUAUUGUUUACCAGAGGAGUUUUGCAAUAAACACACUGAAUAACCCCUAGUCACCUUUAAAACACAUCAGUGAUAAUAAUAAUGUAAGAUCAUCUGAUCUUCUGAGAGCUCUACAUGCUGUAUAUGCAGAUUAAUGACAGUGUAAAGCAGUGUGCUUGCUAGAGGUGUUUUUGGAUGUGCAGUCAGGGAUGGCUUUGUAAUCUGCUAGUGAUGGACCGCUCUUGAUGAUUCCGGUUCUCUCUUUGUGUUUUGUUUUUAAAGCAAAUUGUCGGAUUCUAAUAGAUUUCCAUCUACACCCCCCCCCCCCCGUUUUAUUUAAAGCUAGAAUCUGUCAGCUCUAAUCUGAGCACAUGUAUAAACGUGUCUC